CAACCCAUUCUGUGCCAAGCCCUAAACGUGUAUGCAAGUCAAUGUCAAGAGAGUGGUAUAGAGCUGCCAAGCUGGAGGAGACCAGGCUUCUGUGAAAUCCCCUGCCCUGCCAACAGUCACUUUGAGUCCCAAGGCACAGGAUGUCCAGCUACUUGCAUCAAUCCCAAUUCUACCCACAACUGUCCUCUCCCUGCCCAGGAAAGCUGCAUCUGCAAUUCAGGCUAUGUCCUUAGUGCUGGAGUCUGCGUCCCUCAUGCUGAGUGUGGCUGCAGUUUUGAGGGUCGCUACUACCGCUCUGGAGACACUGUAAUACUAGAUGAGGACUGUGGGAGACGUUGCAGCUGCAGUUAUGGCACCAUGACCUGCCGCUCCCAUGGUUGCGGCCCACUUGAAUCAUGCAGUGUUGAAGAGGGAGAAAGAGGCUGCAGACCUAAGAAUAAUGCAACAUGCUGGAUAAGAGGCCCACGAACAUAUCAAACUUUUGAUGGACUGACAUACCAGUAUCCUGGAGCAUGUCGAUUAACUCUUGCAAAAGUAAUGGGAUCAUCUAGUCACCCACAUUUUGUGGUGACAGCUGAAAAAGUGCCCAAAGGCCAACAAGGUUUUGCCCGGGUACUGAAGUUUGAGGCAGAGGGAAAACAAAUUUCUAUUGAAAUGACAAGUAGCAGCAAAGUUCAGGUUGACGGUCAGCGGAUCAGACUACCCUUCAGCUCAGCAUCCAACAGAAUCCAGAUCUACCAUAGCAGCAUUCACAGUAUCAUCCUUCGUACCUCCUUUGGUGUAACGGUGCAGACAGUCUGGCCUCACUUUGUGCGUGUCACUGCACCUGGCAUCUACAGUAAUUCAUUGGGUGGGCUUUGUGGUAAUUACAAUGGUCAACCGCAUGACGACUUCCGUACACCCAAUGGCAUUCUCGUCAACAGUUUUCAGGAGUUUGGAGACAGUUGGCGAGAUGGCUCCCUCUCUGCACACUGUGUGGAAAGUGUAAAUCAGAACUCUACAAUAAACUACAAUUCUAGUGAGUACUGUGGCAUUCUUGGCUUACCGCAUGGACCGUUUGGCCAGUGUUGGGACAUGGCGAAACUACGCCAGAAUGUGAAUGCAUGUGUGGAGAUAAUAAGGACGUCUAGAAAUCCUGCUUCAGCACGAUGUGAGGUCCUGAGCGAUUAUGCACUGAUGUGUCAACAGAAGGGCAUCGCCCUUGGACACUGGAGGAAUGCAGCUGACUGUGAGCAAAACUGCCCUCAAAACAGCCAUUAUGAAGUCUGUGGAACAUCAUGUCCUGCCACCUGCCCCAGUCUCUCUUUCCCUUUUGACUGUGGUACUGUGUGCCAGGAGGGUUGCCAGUGUGAUGAUGGUUUUGUCCUGAAUGGCAAUCAAUGUGUGCUACCAACAGAGUGUGGAUGCUAUCACCAAGGACGCUAUUGGCAAGACAGUGAACAGUUCUGGGAUGGUGAGGAGUGUCAAAGCUUGUGCACCUGUGAUGGCACUAGUGGGGCAGUCCACUGUAUCCCCAACUCCUGUGGUCCCCACGAGUCUUGCCGUGUGGUGGAGGGUGAGUUUGGCUGCCAUCCCAACCCUCAUGGAACGUGCUCUGCCUCAGGAGACCCUCACUACAAGACCUUUGAUCGCAAGGCCUAUGACUUCCAGGGAACCUGCCGCUAUACUCUGGCCACCCUUUGUAAUUACACCGAGGGACUCCACCAAUUUUCGGUGGAGGCUAAAAAUGAGCCUUUGACUGGAAGGCGAGUUUCAACAACAGCUGAAGUUUUUGUGAAUGUGUGGGGCUAUCAAGUGCAUAUGUCGAGGGACAGCCCUGGUGUGGUAAAAGUAAAUGGAGUAACAAGAAACUUGCCUGUUCUCUUGAAUGGAAGUCGUGUUUCUAUCUUUGCAAGAGGAUCUCGCAUGAUUGUAAGAACUGAUUUUGGCCUGAGAGUUAAAUACAAUGGAGCAACUAGAGUAACUAUCUCUACACCAUCACAUUACAGAGGAAAAACCUGUGGACUUUGUGGAAACUUCAAUGGAAAUCCAAAUGAUGAAUUCCAAACCCCAUCAGGAAUGAUGGUCUCCACUCCAGAUGAGUUUGGGGCAGCUUGGAAAGUGGAAGGUGACAACAAUUGCAGUGAUGGGUGUGGCUCCUCCUGUCCAAAAUGCACCAAUGAGCUACCUGCAAGGGCCAAAUGUGACAUAAUUCAGGCAGCUGGUGGCCCCCUCAGCUUCUGCCAUGAGCAGGUGGACCCAGAGCCAUAUUUCAAAGACUGUGUGUUUGAUGUUUGUGUGAUGGGAAAUCACGGCCAAGAAAUUCUGUGCAGGGCCAUUGAGGCUUACGUCAGUGCCUGUCAGUCUGCUGAUGUUCAAAUCUACCCAUGGAGACAAAACACCACUUGUAGACCUGACUGUGAAACCCCCCACAGCCAUUAUGAGCUG